GAUUUGAACUCACAGACCUACACCAAUGUGAUUAUGCCAAGUUUGUUUGGCAUAAUUUGUUUCCUUGGCAUAGUUGGGAACCUUAUUGUGAUCUACACCAUUAUCAAGAAGAAGAAGCUGAGGUGCAAACAGACAGUGCCCGAUAUCUUCAUUUUCAACCUCUCCAUUGUGGACCUGCUGUUCUUGCUGGGUAUGCCCUUCCUUAUCCACCAACUCCUUGGCAAUGGUGCCUGGUAUUUUGGAGCUCCUUUAUGCACCAUCAUCACUGCUCUGGACACCAACAGCCAAAUCACCAGCACUAAUAUCCUGACAGUAAUGACCUUAGACCGUUACCUGGCAACUGUCUAUCCUCUGAAGUCCACUUAUGUCCGAACGCCAUAUGUGGCUGCCUUGGUUAUUGGCCUGGUGUGGCUCCUCUCUUUUCUAACCAUCAUCCCUGUGUGGAUGUAUGCGGGACUGAUGCCUCUGGAGGAUGGGACUGUCCGCUGUGCUCUUUUGCUUCCCAACCCCGAGACUGAUAUCUACUGGUUCACCAUUUACCAGUUCAUGCUAGCUUUUGCUAUUCCACUGUUCAUCAUCUGUGUGGUCUACUUUAAGAUCCUCCAGCAUAUGGCCACCACUGUCGUGCCCUUACCCCAGAGGAGUCUCCGGGUACGCACCAAGAAAGUCACCCGAAUGGCUGUUGGCAUCUGCUCUGCCUUCUUUAUUUGCUGGGCACCCUUCUACAUCCUUCAGUUGGUGCAUCUUGGAAUAGACACCCCUUCUGUUGCCUUCUUCUAUGCUUACAACUUUGCCAUUAGCUUGGGCUAUGCCAACAGUUGCCUCAAUCCUUUCCUCUACAUUGUCUUGAGUGAGACCUUCAAGCGGCACUUCAUGGUGGCUAUUCGUCCAGCCAAGGAGCAGUUUCGGGUCAAUAACAACAGCACAACAGAAGCCAGUGUGUGCCUGAAGCUUGCCCCAGAAUCCACUCAGCAGACUCAGUUUCUGGAAGACUUUUCUCCACACUCAUUGCCUGUGACAGUUGCUGUUCACUGA